CAAAUACAGAACUUCAGCCGGACUAUCUACCAGAUAUCUUGACCCUAUGUAAAAAAUUUUUUGAGAUAAAAUAAUAAUAAAUUACACCAUUGCACGAUCAUAAAAUUUUAGUUUAAUGAUAUUUUCUGGUACAUUUUUAUUUUAUCUGUCGUGAAGUAAUGCCAUAUUUGUAUCAGAUAUUAAGAAUAAUAAUGAUUUAGAAAUCGAUAGCAUUAUCUUGAAACGAGAGCAACAUAAAUACAAAAUAUUAAAUUGACGAACGUUUUUCAAGUGUACCUGUAAGGACCUAACCCGCUGUGAUGUCGGUGUUACCCAGUGCAGUAACGGUGGUGUCAUUCUUCAUGAACUUCCUCCCAUACAAUUCAAAACAGAAGUUUUGGUAAAUUUUUCUUUGUACAAAUUCGAAAUUCCUGUGUCUCAAUGUAAUGACAUAAACAGUUAGAGAAAUUAAAAUUACACAUUUAAAUCAAUAUCAUCUACACAGGCGUAGACAGGUCCAGAGAUUGUCUUCACAGACAAGACAGGUCCACACACACACACUCAGACACAUAAUCGGUGUACAUGUUUCUUUAAUACACGAGUAUGUUUGAUUAUUGUUUAUAUUUUAUGUAUGGUAUAUGCCACGUCCAUUGUAUGUAUGUAGUAUUUCCAUGAAAUUCGAAUGGAGGAUUUGGGGAAUGUUUUAUGAUCCUCUCUGGCCCUCUAAUCGGCUGAAUCUGGUGGAUGUGAGUCAGUUUACAUUGUUCUUUCUAGGAAAUAUGCCACCAUUUCGAAUUAUGCCUCCAAAGAAGAGAGUUUGCUGGGGAAAGAAAGCAACCGGUUUAGAAAGACAGCAACAGACUGCAGCAAUUCACCACAUUCCAGAAGCUCCUUUAAACAUAAUGCAAAAUGGUGCAUCAACAUCUACUGCCCAAUCUGAUAGAAUUCUGGCAGAACUGUGUAGCAACAGAUCGCCAGCAAUUGCUUCAUCAGAAAUUGCCAUGUUACCUCCUGCUAAAAGGGAUUACCCUGCUAUGUAUAAUCAGGGCAGCGCAAAAAGUUGUUUUGCACAAGCAUUUCUAUAGCCAAUUAGACGAAUGAAAUUUACGUAUGCUUAAUAAUGUUAUGCAAAACAGCCUUCAGACUUUCCCUAUUAAUUUCAUCGUCUUUUGAAUUAUGAACAUAUUU